AUGGCGGAAUCGACGAUCCAGAAGAAGAUGUCCUCGCUCUCCUCGCUCUCCAUCCGCCACAACCAGCUGCUGCCGUCCAACGGCUCCACCUACGCCCGCUCGAUCAGCGAGGAAGAGCCGCCGAUGGCCUACGAGCCCGCCCUCCCCGCCUCCUCCUCCUCCUCCUCCCUCGCCAACCCCGCCAACCCGCCAUCCUCCCUCAACCCGUCCUCGGCCACCCCCCCGCCCAACUCCAGCCUCCCCCCCGGCCAGGCCUCCUCCUCCUCCGCCCAGCAGUCUGCCUCCUCCGCCGCUAACUCCGGCGCCUCAACCACCACCACGAACACCGUCGAGUCCCUCCUCGCCCUCGCCCACAAACGCAUCACCACCCUCGUCUAUCUCAAGAAGGUCCACGAGGGCAAGGUCCACUGGUUCAAUACCAUCCUCCUCUCCAGACCCGAACUCGAGAAGUGGUUCGAGCACCAGCGCAUGGUCACCAGGUCUGUCCCUCUCUCGCACCAUUCGUGCCCCGCCAUCCGCUCCUGA